GACGUACAGCGGGCCCGGUAGCUGAGGAGAAGCAGUGGGGGCCGAGCAGCCAUGGGGGGAGGCGACUUGAACCUGAAGAAGAGCUGGCACCCCCAGACUCUACGCAAUGUGGAGAAGGUGUGGAAGGCCGAGCAGAAAUAUGAGGCCGAAAGGAAAAAGAUCGAGGAGCUGCAGCGGGAACUGCAGGAGGAAAGGGCCCGCGAGGAGAUGCAGCGAUAUGCUGAGGACAUGGGCACCGUCAGGAAAAGAGAAGAAAAAUUGGAGUGGAUGUACCAGGGUCCUGGGGGCAUGGUGAACAGAGAGGAGUAUCUCAUGGGUCGCCCUGUGGACAAGUAUGUCUUUGAGAAGACAGAGGACAAGGAUGCCGGCUGCUCCAACGAGACAGGACUGCUCCCAGGCUCCAUUUUUGCCAAGUCAGGUGCCAAUUCUGUCCUGGACAUGGCAAACAAAAUCCGGGAGGAUCCACUUUUCAUGAUAAGAAAGAGAGAGGAGGAGAAGAAGAGAGAGGUUCUGAAUAACCCUGUAAAAAUGAAGAAAAUCAAAGAGUUGCUGCAAAACAGUUUAGAUAAAAAAGAGAAAAAGAAGAAGAAAGAGAAGAAGAAGAAGCACAAGAAGCAUCGACGUCACAGCUCUAGCAGUGAAAGUGCCAGCAGUGAUGAGGAGAGAAGCAAAGCCAGGUCUCAGAAGAAGACAAACAACUCCUCCUGGAAACCCAUUCCUUCUAAAGUGCCAGGAUAUGGUUUACAGGUUAGAGACUCUGACAGGAACCACAGAUCUCGGAGCUCUCCAGUUGCUGGUCAGGGCAGAACCCCCCACAAGCACCGGGAGCACUCCAGGUCCAGGAGCACAUCCCGCUCCCCACAGAGAUGCACUGGCAAGAAGAGCACAGAGCCAUCUGGAUGCAGGGGGUCGAGAUCUCCUUCCAGACACAGUAAACAGCAUAGCAGUCGAGAGGAGAAAGGGAAAGCUAGAAGUCCUUCCCCCAAAAAGAGCUAUCGGCGACAGCACAUUCCAGGUUACACAAGAAAGAUCUCUGCAGAGGAGCUGGAACGUAAACGCCAGGAAAUGAUGGAAAACGCCAAGUGGAGGGAAGAGGAGAGGGUGAACAACCUCAAGAAGCACCGAAAGGAGGAGGAACUGGAGAGAGAACUGGAGAAACUCGACUCCAGAGAUGGAAAGUUCUUGCAUAACUUCAAACUGGAGAGUGCUUCUACUUCCACUUUAGAAGAUCGGGUGAAGCGCAACAUCCACUCCCUUCAGAGAACUCCUGCUGCCUUGGAAAAAAACUUUAUGCAGAGAUGAAGUUUGUUCUUUUUCUGCUUCUGUGUGGGAGUGAAUUGGGCACUUGUUCCCCGAGGUGAGAGGCCUCCAGCACACACACUCAGUGUUCUCUCCAGGAAUCAUCUCCCAAAGAGCUGCUGAACUUCUGUGCUGCAGCCCACAGCGUGUUCUGAACCUGUGGCACUGUAAAUAUGUUUGUAAUGAGGAUGACCUCUCAGGCAGACCUUAGCUAGAGAACUCGUGAGCCCUUGUAUCCUACAGCACAUAGCCAGAUCUCUUCCUGUUCUCUCCACCCUGAUUUGUACCGGUUUUGUAUAUCAUUAUUACUAGAUGAUGAUGCUGGGUGGUAAUUGCUUUCUACAUUGGGCAGAUUAUCUGCGCUCUUUAUUUGUGAGAGCAAAAGACCUAUUUUUGUUAGUCCUUAAAAAUUAGAGCAGAACAAAUUCACGUGAGGUAACUGGAUGUGAUACAGCUGUGUGAUGGACCGAUGCCAUUCUGCUUGACUGCCACCGUUCUGCUGGGGGUUUGGAGGGUGAGGUCAGACCGAGCUGUAAAAUAUCUGUAGCCAUUAUUUGAUUGUGCUCACCUAUUUGAAUGAUGUUUGGCCCAAAGGGAACAGCUUCACAGGGAAAGGAAAUGAGCAGAGCAGAACUGAUGCAGCGAAUACCUCUCUGGGAUUUUGUAAUGUAAGUAAUGUGUAUAUGUACAGCAGCGAAGAUUGUUUUGCCUUUUUUUUUUUUAAAGGAGAAACUUUACGAUUUUUAAA